UUGGUGUGCAGCUAGUCAAACCCAUCGAACAAGAAGGGAAAGCAGUACCAGAAGGAGUUAGCAGCAGUGCUGUCUAGUUACAUACAUCGCCAGUAGACUACAAUCAAACGCAGUGCUAACUGAGCUGUUCCUGAUGUCUGAAGCCCUUUAUGAGAAGUUUCUAACGCCUGAGGAACCCUACCCGCUUCUGUCCAGGAGGGUGAACUUGAGUGACGAUGGCGCACUGGACAUAAGCCAGUUUGAAUGCCAGUUGUCGUCUUGCCAUCGCACAGAUCCACUGCAUCGUUUUAACACCAAUAGAUGGAACCUGACAUCUUGCGGCACAAGUGUGGCGAGUUCCGAAUGCAGCGAGGAGUUGUUCUCCUCCGUGUCAGUUGGAGACCAGGACGACAGCUUCUCUCUGCUAGAUGACCAAGAGUUUACCUCCUACGAUCUGUUCCCAGAAGGCAGUGUCUGCAGCGAUGUGUCGUCUUCCAUCAGUACAUACUGGGACUGGUCGGAUAGUGAGUUUGAAUGGCAGUUGCCCGGAAGUGACAUUGCCAGUGGAAGUGACGUGCUGUCUGACAUCAUCCCCAGCAUUCCAAGCUCACCUUGUCUGGUCGCUAAGAGAAGGAGCAAACUUCACAGGAACCUGGAUGACCUUCCCUGGAGUGCUAUGACUAAUGAUGAACAGGUGGAAUAUAUUGAGUACCUCAGCCGGAAGGUGAGCACUGAGAUGGGUCUUCGAGAGCAACUGGAUAUUAUAAAGAUUAUUGACCCAAUGGCACAGAUCUCUCCCACCGACAGUGAGUUCAUCAUUGAGCUCAAUCGUCUAACAGAUGAAAAGCUGAAACAGGUGCGGAGCUACAUCUGUGAUCAUGGACCACGUCAGCGCCACAGCAGUCUACGGGAGGGCUGGAAGCGUGGUUUGACCAAUAAUGGAAGCAUCAGUGGUGUGAGCAGCACCACCAGUGGCCAGAGUAAUACCAGUAGUAGCAAUGCCAGCAUGGUGAGCACUGGCAGCAGUGUUACCUCCGCUGGUUCUAACCUCACCAACAACUCCAUCAGCCGGGCACACAGUGAAGGAAACCUGCCGACUGCAGCUGAGCGCAUCCGUGACUCGAAGAAACGCUCAAAGCAAAGGAAACUUCAGCAAAAGGCCCUGCGAAAACGGCAGCUUAAGGAACAACGUCAGGCACGUAAGGAACGUCUCAGUGGCCUCUUUCUAAAUGAGGAAGUGCUGUCUCUCAAUGUGACCGAGGAUGAGGACCACCCUGACGAUGUAGAUGUCCUUAUGUGACAACAGUGAAGCCAUUAGUGUUCCCUCUAUGCCUAGAGCACCAGCAGUCUCCCACUAUACACACACAAACACAUUUCCCUUGUUCCCCUUUCACCUUCCUCUUGUAUGGUUUCAACUGCUAUACAUUAAUACUGACCAGGAAGUAUUUUGGGGGGGUUCUUAAGAUUCAGAUUGUCCUCUCUAACAUAUUUACAGCCACUGCCCUUAACUCAUCAGUAUAAUUGUUGCAUAUGCCUUUACAAAACCAACAGGGAUAUAGAGGGAAUACUGACACUUUAUAAAUGCAUCAGAGGCAAUGACGACCUGUCUUUCAGUAUAACAUUUCACCUCAACAUUCAUUACCAUUACCCCAAGCGCUGUCAAAGCAUGAGGAAUGAAGUUGCAUUCUCUGGGCCAAUGUGUAAUUGCAUCUGCAUCUUAGGUAACAACAUGCUUACUCCACAGUCGGUGUCACGGUAAUAUAUGUAUUUCUUGCAAUGGUUGUACAAAAUGUCCCUGUUGUUCAUUUGUUUCCCUUGUUUUAUAACUUUAGUGGGGUUGCUUGGUUUGAAGUAUUAUCAGUUCUCAGUAGAGUAUUGUGAUAUGCAAAAGGGGCAAGCAGUUGGGAGAGCGACACAUUGAUCCAAUGUCAAUCUUAAGGAUCUUUUUACUGUUGAAGUCUGUUAUCCUUUAUCCUUUUCUGUCAUAUCAAUAUAACUGUCAGUACAGCAAACUGUUUGUUUGAACGUGGCGGUCCUAAUGCCCCCUGUGUAUCUAUGGACUGAACUCUGAAGUUUGAGCUGUUUGACAUCUUCACCCUCUGUCUGAAACUUCACUUAUAAUGUACAGCCAAAAUCUACAUCUUUAAACCCAUUUUGUAUUAUAGAUAUAAUUUGUCUAUUUCACACAAGGAAUGGAAUCUUUGAAAACUAUAUAUGUGACCAUUUUGCUUGGUGUCGAUAGCCAUGAGGAGUAGGGAGUGAAAAUAUUCGUAUUUAAAGUGCAUAUUUAUUUUUUGUACUAAGGUACAAAAUAAGAUGUACAAUGUGUUUGUCUGAAAUAAACAUUUAUAGACACUCUCCUUCA